UUCUUAUAACAUUCGAGGUCGUCAACGCGCAAGUUUUAGUUUAAUAAUCGCACUUGUCGGAGCAACUACAAGAAACAAUUUUUUUUAGAAAACAAAGAACCCAAAAAAUACUAUAGGGAAAAACCCCUAAAAUAAAGAAAAAUUUAAAAUAAAAAGAAAAAAAUAACCCCUAUUAAACCAUAAAUAAAAACUAAAAGCAGUAAAGGAAAAAAACAAGUUAAUUACACAAAUUAUUUAUAGAUUUUUAUAAAAAACUAAUAAAAUUUGUAAAAAAAGUGUUGUAAUUAAAAAAACACAGUUUUUUAGCAAAGUUUUAAGUAACAUAAAGAAAAUACAUUGUGAAAUAGUGAAAUAGAGUGAGUUUUUUAAAAAGUGUUAAAGAAAAAACUGUUAAUAAUAAAUUUUUAAUAAAAUAAAAGCAACUCGCUAGUUUUUCUAUAAAAAAAAGUAAAUUGCAACAAAGAAAACUAAUCCAAUUGCACGCAGCAGCUAUUUUUUUUUAAACGGAAGUGUUGUAAUUAAAAAAACACAGUUUUUUAGCAAAGUUUUAAGUAACAUAAAGAAAAUACAUUGUGAAAUAGUGAAAUAGAGUGAGUUUUUUAAAAAGUGUUAAAGAAAAAACUGUUAAUAAUAAAUUUUUAAUAAAAUAAAAGCAACUCGCUAGUUUUUCUAUAAAAAAAAGUAAAUUGCAACAAAGAAAACUAAUCCAAUUGCACGCAGCAGCUAUUUUUUUUUAAACGGAAGGUAAAAACAUAGAUAACUCAACUGACUGGGCAAAAUAAUAAUAAAAAAAUAAUAUUAAUCAAUUUGCUGAUAACCUGUUAACAUUUGUUUGAAUAAAGAAGGCGCUUCAGAAGGCAAAUAAAACCUCACAGCACACACACACACAAUAAAAUGGCCAAGAAAUAAAAACUUUCUUUAAAGAAAAACCAAUAACAGCAACAAUUGAAUAGGUUAUAAACCACCCUUUACCCCUGUCCCGAUCAUAAAAGAAAAUUUGAACACAGAAUAAGGAAUUUCUACACAAACAACAACGGCUACGCCAACGUUGUAUAAUAUAAAAAGUAAAGAAUCGAAUUUUUUUCAACAAAAUACAAUUAAACAAAAAAAUAUAACAGUUACCGUCAUUUAAACUGAUAACCAGGAAAAUCGCAAAUAAAAAGAACAACAACAAAACGGGCUGAUAUAUAUUUUUAAUACUACUAACAAAAUCCAUUGUAGUGUGCUUGCUAUUCAUUCUCUAAUUGACUGUCCAGCAAACAGUCCACAAACAACUUAGCCAAGUAACCAGAAACACUUUUGUUUUUUGGAGGAAUAACAAAUUAUUCGCGAAUUUCAAAAUGAAUAGUUUAGUGAAAGUUUUCAGUAAUUUUCGAGAAUUCUAUAGUGAAAUCAAUGGAGCCACAUUAACGGGGGCCAUUGAUGUGAUUGUGGUAGAACAGCCAGAUGGUGAAUUCCAAUGUUCACCAUUUCAUGUACGUUUCGGUAAAUUGGGUGUUCUAAGGAGUCGUGAGAAAGUGGUGGACAUUGAAAUCAAUGGAGAACCCGUAGAUAUUCACAUGAAAUUGGGAGAAUCUGGUGAAGCUUUUUUUGUAGAAGAAUGCCCCGAAGAAGAUGUUGAAGAAUUACCCGAUAACUUGGCCACAUCGCCAAUACCAUCAAAUCAUUUUCCUGAAAAAUAUUUAAACAGCAAUAAGAUUGAAAAUGAUAAUGAGAACAAAGAAAAAAAAGCUAGUGAUGAACUACAGUUGCCAUUACCAUUGCCUAGACGUAAUUCCAUAGAUUUUUCCAAGGAGUCCCCGAAGGAAGAUGAAACCUCAGAUAAAUUUGAAAAUCAAGUUUCUGAUUACAGUCACAGAAGACAUACUGAUAAUGUCUUGGAAAGACCCAAUUUGAGCAAGAAAAUUAAUGAGUAUACCACUCAAAAAUUAAGACAAGAAUGGGCAGAACAUGAAGAAAUCUUUCAAUUUGAUGCAUUAGAUAAAGAUAAGGACUGGAGUAAUAGCACUCAAACUGAAGAUAAACCUAUAGAAUUUGUUGCCAAAGAAGACACAACUAUAUUACCGGAAACUACUAAUCAAUCAACAACAAACAUAGAUACCACCCUAACACCCCAAACUCCCGAACAAACUAAAACACCACCACCCUCCAUUUCCAUUACUAGCGCAGCUAAUCAGCAGCAGCAACCAUUAGAUUUAAUCAAUUCUAAUAACAACAGCAUUAAGGAUGAAUCAAAGAGUAAAAAGAAACGCCGCAAGAAGUCACAAAUGAAAAAGAAAAAUGCCCAACGUAAAUCCUCUUCCAGUAGUUCGGUGGGCAGUAAUACGCCCCAAGAUAAUGGCGUCACAAACGAUGACAACAACAAACAGGCCGAAGAUGCUGAUACUAGUUCUAUAUCGAUCUCAAAUAAUACCACCAAUUCAUCGAAUGAUGAAGCCUCACCCAAAUCGGGUGAACAAGUUUCAGCUGGUUUGGUAACCGCCAUGGGCGGUGAUGAAAGUCCCAUUUCGGAGACUUGUCAAACGUCGCCGGUUACACCCAGCACAACACGUAUACCCGAUUUGGAUAUACAUUUCUUUUCGGAUACUGAAGUUACCUCAUCGGGUGGUAAUGGUCCCUUGGGUGCUGGACGUGGUGCUGGCCGCCCUUCUACACCCAUACAAAGUGAUAGUGAAUUGGAGAUUUCCAUGCGUGAAAAAGAAACCGAUAGUGAUUUAAUGUCUAACUCAGCCUCCUGGAAAUGGGGUGAAUUACCCACACCCGAGCCCAAAGAUCAGUCGGACAAUCAGGCUGCCCAGGCCCAGGCUAAGCGCAAUUCAAUGCUUAGCAAUAUGUUCAAUUUCAUGAAAAAUAAUAAUAAAUUGCGUAAAAAUGCCACAGAUGGUGGUGUCUAUUUAUCGGAUUUGGAUACCGAAACCAUGGAUCCGGAAAUGAUGGCCAUGUAUUUCCCCUCAGCUUCUUCCAAAGAAACUUCACCAGCCAUACCUGCUCUACACUGCAAUGAGGAUGAUCGUGAGAGUGGUAAUGGCACCUCCUUGCCGCAUUCGCCCAGUUCUUUGGAGGGUCAGAAAAGUUUAGAUUCUGAUUAUGAAGAUGGCAAACUGCAAGAGGGCAAAUACUUAGAUUUCGUGGCCAUGUCCUUGUGUGGUCUUCAGGAAAAAGGCGAUCCUUCGGAUGAGGAAUUUGAACGCCACUGCAUUAAAUAUAAAGAUGUCUGUGAAAAUCCCAGCAUCUUCUCAUCGCCUAAUUUAGUUGUACGCCUAAAUGGUAAAUACUACAGCUGGGCGGCUGCAUGUCCAAUUGUCAUGACCAUAAUAACAUUCCAGAAGCCUUUAACUAAUGAUGCAGUUGACCAGUUAAUGGUUAAUGCUAAACAAGAUGCAGUAGCUGCUGCGGCCGCUGUUAAUAAGGCUGAAGUUGAUGGUGGCACUCCUACUGGUACCCAAAAUCAAGCCAAACGUUCUUGGUGGUACUGGAGACGUUCACAAAAUGUCAACAACACCGCUAGUGUUGUCAACAAUGCCUCAAAGACUGGUAAACUAGAUGAGAAACAAGAAGAAAAAGAAAAUGAUCAAAAUGCUGUAGCUACCCAGACAACACGUCCCAAUUCUCCCGAUAUUAGUGAUCGUACUUUAAGUAAAACUGAUUCUACUAUGAAUGCAGAAAAUACAUCGGCCCUUAUGGAUAAUAUGGAAGAUUUAUCACAGGCCUCGUCGAAGAGUGAAUCGUCAGAUAAUAAAAAUAAAUUGGAACGUUAUAAGAAGUCAUUGCGUUUAAGUUCAGAGUCUAUUAAAAAACUCAACCUUAAAGAGGGCAUGAACGAAAUAGAAUUUAGUGUUACCACCGCCUACCAAGGUACCACACGCUGCAAAUGCUACUUAUUCCGCUGGAAACACAAUGAUAAAGUUGUAAUUUCCGACAUCGAUGGUACCAUCACCAAAUCCGAUGUCUUGGGACAUAUUCUACCGAUGGUCGGUAAGGAUUGGGCUCAAUUGGGUGUCGCUCAACUAUUCUCGAAAAUUGAACAAAAUGGCUACAAGCUAUUGUAUUUAUCGGCACGUGCUAUUGGGCAGUCAAGAGCAACACGUGAAUAUUUACGUUCCAUUCGCCAGGGUGAUGUUAAACUACCCGAUGGUCCAUUAUUAUUAAAUCCUACAUCAUUGAUAUCGGCAUUCCAUCGUGAGGUAAUUGAACGUAAACCGGAACAAUUUAAGAUUGCCUGUUUAUCGGAUAUUAGAGAUUUAUUCCCUAAUAAGGAUCCAUUCUAUGCGGGUUAUGGUAAUCGUAUCAAUGAUGUUUGGGCUUAUCGUGCCGUUGGUAUACCCAUUAAACGCAUAUUCACCAUUAACACUAAAGGAGAAUUGAAACAUGAAUUAACACAAACAUUCCAAUCUUCCUACUGUAGCAUGACCUUCAUUGUCGAUCAACUAUUUCCGCCCAUUAAACCCGACGAGGUAGCAGCGGUUGAAUUUUCACAUUUCAAUUAUUGGCGUGAUCCCAUACCCGAAAUCGAUUUGACUUUAGUCGAUAGCAUUAAUACUUCAACAGGUUCCAAUACAACACUGAAUGGUAGUAUUGGCGGUGGUAGCACAACAAAUGAUCAAAGUAAUACCACCUUAAAUGGAUCACACUCGAAAACAUUAACAACCAUUCCAGAAAAUUAAACAACAAGCAGACAGAUAUAUUUAAAAACGCAUUUUUUCUUUCAUGACAGUAGUAUUUAUUUUAUCUUUUUUUUACAUAUAUUUGUGUUAAAUAAUAUUGCAGUUAAAUUUUUUUUGUUAUUAUUGUCAACGUCAUUAGCUAUCAUCAAUAUUUUUAAUAUUAUCAUUGUCAUCAUUAGAGAGAUUUUCAUUUUAGGCAAAAUUCUUUUUUUAAAAACAAACUUAUAAUUUCGAAUUCUAGAAAUUGAUUUAGUAAUACCUUAUUAUUUAUAGUCAUUUUUUUAGGUGAUUUCUUAUUUUUUUUAUUUUUAAUUAUAUGUAUACUUAAAUAUUAGUAAACAAAUCUUAAAUUUGUAUGUUUAAUUAGUAAACUAUAUAAAAAGAAAAACUAUGCAAAAAACCAAAAACAAUAUAAUAUAUAAAAUAAUAAUUAAAAACAACAAGAAAUAAAUAAAAGUUCCAACAACUUAGAACAUAUAAAAAAAAAACAUUAAAAAUAAAUAUUUUUAAAAUCCAGAUAAAAAUUGCAAGAGAAUUACACUUCAUAACUUGAUCGGAAUAAGUAAUGGAUUAAAUGAAGUUACAAAUUCUUAAUAAAAAAAAACACAUAAAACAAAAAUACUAUUAAUAUAAAUCACUUUUCUAAGAAGAAACUUUUAAAAUUAAAGGAAAAACAGUAAAAUCUUUUUAGGAAUGGAGCAUAAAAUUUAUUUACCAAAAGUAGAUUGAAAACUAUAAAAGAAAUUUUGAAAAUUCUACAACUAAAUUGAGUAAAAUUUUAUCAAAACAUUUAAAGAUUCAAAAUUACACAUUUGCGAUCAUUUUACAAUGAAUAUAAUCAUGGUAUAUAAUAAACUGCAUACUUUAGGGCUUUACCUUGAUAAUUACUGUAAUAUGUUACACCCUGUUAUUGCUGAUUACUAAAUUAUCUAUAAUUUCAAAGCAUGUCUUAAGGCGGCCCGUAAAACAAAAAUAAAGUAACCAACAUCUACUAGCUAAUUCUGAGCGCCUAGUAUUUCAUCCACAUUUUCAAUUUGACUAAUGAAAACGAUAUCGGCAACGUACUGUGGUGUGUGACCUGCCUGUUAGUUGACUUAUUUUUGCAAAUUUAAUUGUUAUUAAACAAAUUA